AUGAAGGUCAUUACUUAGUGUGUAAUUAGCUGCAAAGCUACUGUAAUAGAUAUUAUUAUCAUCAUAUUGAAGUAAUUAUUUAUAGCAAAAUAUCAAAAGCUCACCUACGUCAUUUUAUAACCAACCUAUUCUAGUCAUAUGGUCAAUAGAAAGUGGGCGGGCUAUAUUUGUCUAGUGUGCUGUUGUUAAAGUAACAGCCGGGAGGAAAAAGACACGCUGCUAUCUUAAUCUGGAUUCAUCGUGCCAUUUGAUCGAAUGCAUGUCCGAUUGCACCGGUAAUCUGAUCGAGUUUUCAGGUCUGGCCGGGAGAAUAAUAAGUAACGAUAAUCAAAAGGAGAAUUUUUGAUUCAGUAUGGCAGAAGCUCAUCAGGCUGUGGCCUUUCAGUUCACUGUCGGCCCGGAUGGCAUUGACCUUCAGCUCAGCCAUGAGGCUCUUCGGCAAGUCUAUCUCUCAGGAAUUCACUCCUGGAAGAAGAAAUUUAUCCGGUUUAAGAAUGGCAUUUUGAAUGGGGUAUAUCCAGGAAGCGCACCAGGGUUCGUGUUGGUGUUGGCAGGGUACCUGGGAAGGGCACAAUAUUUAAAGGUGGACCCAUCCCUAGGCCUGCUUUUCAAACUUGGAAAUCAUGUUCCGAUCAGUAGGUACAUGUCUGACCAAAAGCAGAUGUUAGUUGGGGGUGUCAUGGUGGGCACAGGUCUGUGGAUUGCCAUCAUAUUUGGCAUGAGGACUGUCCUGAAGGGCCUGUUGUCCUGGCACGGCUGGAUGUUUGCCUCUCAUGGCAGAAUGACCUGGAAAAUUCGACUGUGGCUGGUUUUAGUGAAAGUUUUUUCUGGCAUGCAAACGCCAAUGCUUUACAGCUUUCAGAAUUCUCUUCCCCAUUUAUUUGUGCCAUCGGUGAAGGAAACCACAAGAAGCUAUCUUGAAUCUGUCCAACCACUGCUGAGCGAUGAGGAGCACCAAAGAAUGCAGCGGCUUGCACUGGAUUUUGAGAAGAAUCUUGGGCCAAAACUUCAGUGGUACCUCAAACUGAAGUCUUGGUGGGCCACCAAUUAUGUCAGUGACUGGUGGGAAGAAUACAUCUACCUGAGAGGUCGUGGGCCAAUCAUGGUUAACAGCAACUAUUAUGUAAUGGACUUUCUUUAUGCUUUUCCCACAAAUAUACAAGCAGCAAGAGCAGGAAACGUCAUUCAUGCAAUAAUGCUGUACAGGAGGAAGCUGGACCGGGCUCAAAUCAAACCGGUUUUUGCACUAUCAAACAGCGUUCCACUCUGUUCUGCUCAAUGGGAACGGCUAUUUAAUACAAGCCGCAUCCCAGGAAAGGAGAGGGACUCAGUUCAGCACGUGUCUGACAGCAGGCAUAUAGUGGUGUAUCACCGGGGUCGUUACUUUAAAGUAUGGAUGUUUUAUGAUGGCCGGUUACUCUUGCCAAGAGAGAUUGAGCAGCAGAUGGAGAGGAUCCUGGCCGACACGUCAGAGCCUCAGCCUGGAGAGGAAACCCUUGCCGCCCUCACUGCAGGGGACAGAGUGCCAUGGGCUUGUGCCCGCAAUGCCUACUUGAGACAUGGCACGAAUAAGAAGAGUCUGGAUUCUGUGGAGAAGGCAGCUUUUUUUGUUACACUGGAUGACACGGAGCAGCGAUUUGAUCAGAAAAACCCUGUGGAGUCUCUGGACCGUUAUGCUAAAUCUCUGCUCCAUGGGAAGUGUUAUGACAGGUGGUUUGAUAAGUCCAUAAACUUGAUCGUCUUCAAGAAUGGAACAAUGGGUCUUAAUGCAGAACAUAGUUGGGCUGAUGCUCCAAUCGUCGGCCACCUCUGGGAGCAAGUGCUCUCGAUGGACCCUGUGAAACUAGGCUAUACAGCAGAUGGUCACUGUAAAGGAGAACCUCACGCUAAUCUGCCUGGACCUCAGAGGUUGCAGUGGAACAUUCCAACUGAGUGCCAAACUAUGAUCUCCAACUCUCUGUCUGUGGCCGAGGCUUUGGCUGAUGAUGUGGACUCUCAUAUCAUCCCCUUCAGUGACUUUGGUAAGGGCUUGAUCAAGAAGUGCAGGACCAGUCCAGAUGCCUUCAUCCAGCUCGCACUGCAGCUGGCGCAUUAUAGGGACAAAGGAAAGUUUUGCUUGACUUAUGAGGCGUCCAUGACCCGUUUAUUCAGAGAAGGCCGUACUGAAACCGUGCGGUCCUGCACUACAGAAUCCUGUGCUUUUGUUUGUGCCAUGAACAGCAAUAAUACGAGAGAACAGAAGCUUCAGUUACUGAAAAAUGCUGCUGAGAAACACCAGCAGAUGUACAGACUGGCAAUGACUGGUCAUGGCAUUGAUCGCCAUCUCUUUUGCCUCUAUGUGGUGUCAAAGUACCUUGGACAGGACUCUCCUUUCCUCAAAGAGGUGCUGUCAGAGCCUUGGAGACUGUCCACCAGUCAGACUCCUCUACAGCAGGGGGAGCUGUUUGACCUGGUCAAAAACCCAGAGUAUGUGACCAGCGGAGGAGGCUUUGGACCAGUUGCAGAUGAUGGUUAUGGUGUGGCUUAUGUGAUUGUUGGAGAAAAACUCAUCAAUUUCCACAUCUCUUCCAAGCGUUCCAGUCCAGAGACUGAUUCUCAUCGCUUCGGAAACAAUAUCAGACGCGCAAUGAUUGACAUGCUGGAUCUGUUUCAGCUUGACAAAAAAGACCCAAAGUGAUCAGAAUGAUGAAAGGAUUGUGCUUUUAAUAACUCAUGUCAGCUUAAUUGUAUAUCAGCACUGUUGAGAGAAGCUUGUUUUUUUUUUUUCUUCUUCUUUUUUUUUUUUGCUUGUGUAGUCUUGUUUGUUUGCAUGUGUCUGUGAGAUGCAGCAUAUGACGGAGAUAAGUCGGGAGAUAGUGCGAGAUCUCUUUCUGCUGUUGCAGAAUAUGUGCUGGUGCCUUAACAUGUGUCUUAACCGAACAGUUCAAUGCAGGUGAUCGAAAGUAAAACUGCAUUUCAUUACCAGGACAUGCUUUCAGCUCUCAGUAGUUUACUGAGAUACACACUUCAGUACGUGACAUUGUCUUGAAAAGAUGUCAAGAAGCACAGUAAAUCACUUGGCUGUGUGCAAAUCAAGCAAAACGCAGCUCUCGUGUUGCAUAUUGAUAGUUUGCAGUUUUCCAAAUUCAGUAAUAUGAAUGAAGGGAAAUAUGAGAUUAUGAAUGUGAUGUAUGUUUUUGAAUACUCAAAGUGUGCAGUCUUUGAAAAUGAAUGUUGGUCAUUUAAACCAGCCUGUUUUUAUUGGUUGAUGUUGCUUUGAUUCUGCAUUGAAAGGUCUGUUUUAAUGAGGGAUGUGUUAAUGCUUAGCAGUUGCUUUAGCUUAUUAAUUGUACAUUUCAUUUUUUUAUUUUUAAUUUGAGUUCAUUUCUUUUGUGUUCAUCAUAUUUGAUGUUCGCUUUUUGAUUGUUGUAUACUGUAAUGAUUUUGGAAAUCAUUGUUAAAAAACUAAUUUGAGACUCAGUUAUUUAUUUUGGUAUCACUCAUAAUGUUUAAUGGGUGUCAUUGCAAAGUGCAUUUCAGAGAUUUAGGAAAAGCAUUAAACGUGUAAUAAACAUGAGUACUGUAAA